AUGGUCAUAAGUGACGGAGGAUCACAUUUCAUUGACAAGACCUUUCGGCAGUUCCUGGCCGGACAUGGAGUUAAGCACAAUGUUGCAACUCCAUAUCAUCCCCAGACAAACGGUCAAGCUAAAACAUCAAACAAACAGAUAAAGAACAUUCUACAGAAGACCGUGGAUGAGAUGGGGAAGAAUUGGAAGAACAAGCUAUAUGAUGCACUAUGGGCAUACCAAACAGCAUACAAGACACCCAUAGGCAUGUCACCAUACCAGCUGGUAUAUGGAAAAACAUGCCAUCUACCCGUGGAGUUGGAGUUCAGAGCUCAUUGGGCCAUCAAGAAGUGGAAUAUGGACCUCCACCUAGCUGGCUGGAAGAUACAAAUGCAAAUAUCUGAGCUACAGGAAUGGAGAGAAAAAGCAUACCACAACUCCCAGAUCUACAAAGAAAGAACAAAGAGGUGGCAUGACAAGAGAACCAAACACAAAGAGUUCAAACCAGGAGAUAAGGUUUUGAUGUUCAAUUCAAGGGUGAAACUCUUCGGUCAUGGAAAACUUCGGAGUAAAUGGGAAGGGCCAUUCAAGGUGAUCGAGACCUCUCCACAUGGUGCCAUCACGCUCCAAAGUGAUGACGGUAAUGUAUUCAAGGUAAAUGGCCAACGUUUAAAAGUAUUCCUUGAACCAGAAAAGAUAGAAGAAAUUGACACGAUUGAAUUUCUGCAAUUUAAUGAUUCAAUUUAA